CACAGAGGAAGUUUUCAGCCGCUUCGCUAGGGUUUGGGCGCGCUUGUUUCCCGCCGCCUCCGCCCCAAAAAAGCGAGCAACAGCCGACGCCUCCCCCUCCUCCUCCUCACCCACGGCGGCGAGCGCGUGCAGCGUCCGGGGGAGCCGUCUCUACAGCCACCGAGGCAAGCGCCGGCCUCGGCCACACCAUUUUUCAGCACGCGUACCACCGCAAUUUCUCGUUGGCCAAGGCUUAAAUCUCUUGAAGCCAUCAACAAACUGAGGUCUUCCUGCUUCCAUCAAUCUCAAAUGAUGGCAGGUGUCACAAAUGGCAAUUCACACAGUGAUAUUCAGAGGAAAUAUCAAGUUGUGGUUGCUGCUACCCGUGAGAUGGGCAUUGGGAAGGACGGAGCAUUGCCAUGGAAGCUGCCUAGUGACCUUAAGUUUUUUAAGGAUCUCACAAUGGCUACAGCAGACCCAUCAAAGAAAAAUGCUGUUAUAAUGGGAAGGAAAACAUGGGAAAGCAUACCCACUAAGUUUAGGCCAUUGCCCGGUCGCUUGAAUGUUAUACUGACUCGUUCGGGCAGUUCUGAUUAUGCAACUGUUGAAAAUGUUGUAACCUGUGGAAGCUUGGAUUCUUCCCUAGAACUACUAGCAUCCGCUCCCUACAGCUCAACAAUUGAGAAAGCCUUUCUAAUAGGUGGUGGCCAGGUACUGAGGGAAUCGUUAAAUGCAUCUGCAUGUGAGGCCAUCCAUCUUACUGACAUAGAGUCCACCAUUGAGUGUGAUACUUUCAUUCCUCCUAUUGAUCCAUUGGUCUUCCACCCAUGGUAUUCAUCUUCUCCAGUUGUGGAGAACAACAUUAGGCAUUCUUUCGCGACCUUUGUUCGCGUUAGAAAGUCAGCAGAAGAGGCUAAUGAUUCAAAUCUCAGUGAAUUAACCAGCAAUGAUGCUAAGAAGGAAAAGUUUGAAAUUCAGAAUUUUUCAUUUCUACCAAAAAUGAUCUUCGAAAAGCAUGAUGAGUAUCAGUAUCUCAAUCUUGUUCAAGAUAUACUACGAAGUGGUGCUCGGAAAAAUGACAGAACAGGAACAGGAACAAUAUCAAAAUUUGGUUGUCAGAUGCGGUUUAACUUGAGGAAGAAUUUUCCAUUACUUACAACAAAGAGGGUGUUUUGGCGUGGUGUUCUUGAAGAACUGUUGUGGUUCAUCAGUGGCUCAACGAAUGCAAAGGUUUUACAGGAAAAAAAUAUCCGUAUAUGGGAUGGGAAUGCGUCAAGGGAGUAUCUUGACAGUAUUGGUCUAUCACAAAGAGAGGAGGGUGACUUGGGACCAGUUUAUGGAUUUCAGUGGAGACACUUCGGUGCUGAAUAUACUGACAUGCAUGCUGAUUACACGGGGAAAGGUUUUGAUCAGUUAGCUGAUGUCAUUAACAAGAUCAAGAAUAACCCUGACGAUAGGCGUAUCAUUAUGUCUGCAUGGAAUCCAACAGAUCUCAAGAAGAUGGCACUUCCACCUUGCCACAUGUUUGCACAGUUUUAUGUCGAGAAUGGAGAAUUAUCCUGUCAGAUGUAUCAACGUUCAGCUGACAUGGGGCUUGGUGUACCAUUCAACAUUGCAUCAUAUUCUCUUCUGACGUGUAUGCUUGCACAAGUUUGUGAUCUUUCUCCUGGAGAGUUUGUCCAUGUGAUAGGCGACGCCCAUGUGUACAGCACGCACGUCCAAGCCUUGGAGGAACAACUUCAGAAGCAGCCCAAGCCGUUUCCUAUUCUGAAGAUAAACCCUCUGAAGAAGGAUAUAGACUCGUUCGUCGCGUCGGACUUCAAGCUGGUCUCCUACGAUCCUCACCAGAAGAUAGAGAUGAAGAUGGCAGUAUAAACCAAGGAGUUAAUCAGCAUCCAGCAUUCGUAACAGCAUAUGACAUGUAUCGUUGAUGGUGAUGAUGCCUUUGUUAAACCAUGAUUCGUGACGGGAUCUCUAGGCAAUCUUUUUUCACUGAGCGAUCGAUGCCUUGUUGGAUCCCUGACCAUGGCAUAAGCUGGCUAGCGAAUGUGUGCAAAAUAGUGGGAUCUUGGUUGGUUGCUACCAGUAGCGGCUAGCGAGUUGUUUAUUUCUCAUUUUGCA